CGAUAUCGAUUUCUGAAGGAUCUCUUCUAUUUUCGGAUAUUUUCCUCUAAAACCUCUCUCGCUCUCUCUUUUCCCCAUUUCUUUCGCCGAGGGUUUCGUUCUUUGAUUCGAGAAGAUAAAGAAUGGCGCCGGAAACUACCAGACGUGCUGCUGCCAUUGCCGGAUUCGCGAAGCCUAAUGCGAUCCAGCGAGGGGCUUUCGUGACUUUCCUUGCAGGAGACGGUGACUAUGUUAAGGGUGUGGUGGGGCUUGCGAAGGGUCUGAGAAAGGUAAGAUCGGCUUACCCACUGAUAGUGGCGGUGCUGACCAAUGUCCCGGCGAGCCACCGCCGGGAGCUGGAGUUGCAGGGCUGCCUCAUUCGUGAGAUCGAGCCUGUCUACCCGCCCGAGAACCAGACCAAGUUCGCCAUGCCUUACUACGUCAUUAACUACUCUAAACUUCGAAUCUGGGAUUUUGUGGAGUACAGGAAGAUGGUUUAUCUCGAUGCGGACAUCCAAGUGUACGACAAUAUCGACCAUCUCUUCGAUUUACCGGACGGCCACUUCUACGCGGUGCUGGAUUGCUUCUGCGAGAAGACCUGGAGUCACUCGAAGCAGUACGAGAUAGGCUAUUGCCAGCAAUGCCCCGAUCGCCGGCCAUGGCCUGUUGCUGAACUCGGACCUCCUCCGUCUCUGUAUUUCAACGCCGGCAUGUUCGUUUUUGAGCCCAGCAUCUCCACUGGCAAAUCUCUUCUUUCCACUCUUGAAAUCACUACCCCAACCUUGUUCGCCGAACAGGAUUUCCUGAACAUGUACUUUAGGGAUAUCUAUAAACCAAUUCCACUGGAUUAUAAUCUAGUAAUGGCUAUGUUAUGGAGGCAUCCUGGAAAGGUGGAUCUAGAGAAGGUAAAGGUAGUUCACUACUGUGCUGCAGGUUCGAAGCCAUGGAAGUUUACAGGAAAGGAGGAGAAUAUGGAUCGGGAGGACAUACGGAUGCUUGUGAAGAAAUGGUGGGAUGUCUACAACGACAAGAGCCUCGAUUUGCCCCGGCGGAAGCUGACUGGACCUAGGGAGGUUGGGUCGCCAGCAGCGUCCGGCGGCGUCAAGAAGCCGCUAAUGUCCGCGCUGUCGAAGGCCGGGAUUGGACGAUUCGUGAAGGCUCCCUCGGCUGCAUGAGCGGCACGCGCUGCGCACGUGCGCAGUGCUGGUGAGCGACUGAUCGAGUGGCGGUUGGUAUUUGAAGGGACCGCCCUUGAUUCUUCCGAAGUCGCAUUCGGUCUCUUUUUAUUUUUAUUUUUAUAGCUGUUAAUAUAAAGUUAAAACAUGUUUAAGGUGUUAAAAACUUGCUAAACAGUAUAUUGUUUUAGUACUCUGUGUUUUAACUGUAUAUACUAACAGUAUAUUGGCAUAGUUUGUCCAAUUUGUGUUUUAACAGUGUAUGCUAGCAGUGUAUUGGCAUAAUGGUAUAGGUCAAGUUUGUGUGUUAACAUUAUAUUGAAAUAAUUGUCAAGUUUAUGUGUAUUUUUGUUAAAUAUAUGAAGAAAGUUGUGUAUAAA